AAGACGGCCGAAGUAGAUGAGUGAGUGUCUCAGUGAUAAGACAAUACAUGUACUGGCCUGCGUACCGAUGUGAAAACCGCGAUCAAGGUAUAGGUAGUUGUGUGCGUCAUGAUGCAUACAGAGUUCAACAUUCAGAUUGCUUGGGGCGCAUAAAAUGCAUACUGUCAGAGGCAGAAUUUCUGUGUGUAACUCGCCACGUCCUACCUCCAUACUGAUAAGUACAUGUACACUGUACAUGUAUAUCUAUUAUGCACACAACGUCAUUCGACGUGACCUUUUCCGACUUAAGUUGCAACAUGUGCAAGGUGCAUGCGUUGGACCAAACACGAGGCUUUACACUGAAGACCGAGGACCGACUGUGUAACAUUGUAAAUGACUUUUAUUGUCGCUUGUUAGCCGAGUGGAAGAGCUAGGGACCAACAUGGGACUUCUGUUGCAACUACUGGGUGGCGUGCUCGGUGGGGUGUCGGCUUUAGCGGUGCUCUUUAAGCUGACGUACCCAACCUUCUUCCACGACCUCUCCCAGUUCCUCCUGAUUGUCAGGAAGGUGGUCACUCCUACUGAGAAGCUCCUGGAGAAAGGAAUCCUGCAAGUGGACGUGUUCGAGUCCCAUGCAAAGAGAAAUCCUGAGAAAGUUCUGGUGUUAUACAAGGAUGAAAAGCAUACCUACAGUGACAUUGACCACGCUGCAAACAAGAUGGCGAACUACCUCCAGAAAACAGAUGCAGUAAAGGUCCGUGACAUUGUGGGCAUCUUCAUGCACAAUGAGCCAGCCUACAUUUCCACCGUGAUCGCCCUCCUCAAGCUUGGGACAACAGGGGCCCAUCUCAACAUCAGCCUGCGGGGAGACGCGCUCAUCAACUGCAUCCGAGUCGGGAAAAUCAAGACCAUCAUCUGCGGUGGCGAUGCCGAACUGGUAGCAGCGAUACAGGAAAUCCUGACUACACUCGAGGCUGAAGACAUCAAAGUAUUCAUGAUGCAAGAACCAGAAGGACAGACUCUCCCCAACGGAUUCCUUCCGGUUGAUCUGGCCUCACCUCUCGCCUCGACCGAAGCGAUACCACGUGACGUACGCAAGGGAAUCUUGCCUUCAGAAUCUGCUUUCUAUUUCUACACAUCAGGAACAACAGGAAUGCCUAAGGCAGCUCGGAUGACACAGAAACGUGUCAUGGUUGGAGGAAGCCUACUACAGAUGUUCAACCUGAGUUCAUCGGACGUGAUGUAUAUUCCACUGCCGUUAUUCCAUAGUGCUGGCAUGGUCAUAGGUGUUGGUAAUGUCAUAACCGCCGGUUGUACCAUGGUUAUUCGCAACAAGUUUUCUGCAAGCCAUUUCUGGGAAGAUGUGAGGCGAUACAACGUCACCGUAAUCCAGUACAUUGGAGAGAUAUGCCGAUAUCUACUGGCACAGCCAAAGGGCGACUCUGACAUGGAACGCAACCAUUCCGUGUGGCUGGCUAUUGGUAACGGUCUCUCCACAGACAUUUGGACGGACUUCCAGGACCGGUUUUGUAUAGCUCAGAUCGGGGAGUUCUUUGCAUCGAGCGAGGGUAAUCGUGGAUUUAUGAACACGGAUGGGACAGUUGGGGCUGUGGGGGCGUACUCCCCGCUGACCAAGUUGUUACUAAACGAUGUUGAAAUCAUCGAAUGUGAUUGGGAGACAGCUCAGCCAAUCAGAGGCCCGGAUGGCAAAUGCAUCAUUUUGCCAAAAGGUAAAACGGGCCUGAUGGUUUCCAAGAUCAGCAAAGCUGCUGAAUUUGAAGGAUACGUCGCCGGUAAGGAAGCCGACGAGAAGAAAAUCAUACGUAAUGUCCGUGUGAUGGGGGACGCCUACUUCAACUCGGGAGACUUGAUGAUGAUCGACAGCAAGAAUUACGUCUUCUUCAAGGACAGACUUGGAGAUACAUUCAGAUGGAAAGGCGAAAACGUGGCAUCGUCCGAAGUGGCCGCCAUUUUGACAGAUCUGCCGAACAUUAAAGAGGCCAUCGUUUAUGGAGUCAGGAUACCAGGCUACGAUGGACGAGCUGGUAUGGCGGCCAUUGUCCUCCAAGAUGGCACCGAGACACUGGAGUGGAAAGAAGUCUAUGCUGAAGUGGCUAAUCGCCUGCCUACCUACGCUCGCCCCAAGUUCAUCCGAGUCAAGGAUCAAAUGGAAACCACCCAAACACACAAGUAUCGUAAAUUAGAUCUGGUGAAGGAGGCAUUUGACCCGGAAUCCUGCGGGACGGAUAAAUUGUUUUUCAUGGACGAGUCGCAGAAAUCCUAUGUGCCUCUUGGUAAGGACCUACACUGUCAAAUCUUAAAUAAGGACGUACGUAUAUAAAAAAAACCUUAUACAGGC